GAACAUGAACUAUUAUCGGGCCAUGAAGGACAACUUUCCCUCAGUCCGAGCUAUUUGCUCCUUACCGACUGGAGCUCUUCCGUGAGAUGCUGAGAGCGGACUAAUCCUUUUUCCGGCACAUUAUUGUUGGCAAAUUAUGGCAUCCGGGAAGAAAGUUCUGGUCAUAGGAGGAGGAUUCAGUGGUAUCGGAUCCAUAAAAUCUUUAAAAGAAGAAGGAUAUGAUCCAGUAUGCUACGAGAAAACGUCAAAUGCUGGUGGCACAUGGUAUUACAGGGAACAAACACCUAUGGGAAUUCCCUCCAUAAUGCCAACUACCAUCAUCAAUCACAGUAAGGAAAUGGGAGCUUUGACUAACUUCCCCCCUAAUAAAAAUUACCCAAACUACAUGCGACAUUUUGAACUUUUGAAUUUGUUUAAAGAUGUUGGAAAUCACUUUGACUGUUUCAAGCAUAUUAUUUACAACAGAGAAGUAACCAGAGUUGCGAGAUCUUCAGACUACGAGGAAACGGGAAGAUGGGAUGUCACGGUCAAAAACACAGAAACAGGUGAAAUUAUCGAAGAAGUCUUUGAUGCUGUCAUGGUUGGAGUUGGGCACAUUACAUAUCCAAAAAUGGCGUCAUAUGAAGGAAUGGAUAAAUUUCAAGGAAUCAUCAUGCAUACCCACAGUUUGAAAGAUGUGGAGAAGUUUAAGGGGAAGCGGGUUGUAGUAGUUGGAAUAGGAUGCUCUGGACUGGAUGCCGCUACUGAAAUUAGCAAUGUUGCUGCCCAAGUAUACCUGAGUUCAAGAAAUGGUACUUGGAUACUUCCCAGAGUCGGUCCAUACGGAUUACCAUUUGACUAUGCAAUGUUAAGAAGAUUUGUAACCGUUAUGCAGAAUUGUUUUGGUUACAAAUUUACGAGUUGGUACAUGGAGCAUUUCCAACUAAAUAAAAAAUUUAACCAUAAUUUAUACAAUUUACGUCCUGUUUACCAUGCUCUAUCGAAAGAUCCUGCAACAAAUGACAUUUUGCCAACUAGAAUUAUAUCUGGUGCAGUAGUUACAAAAAAAGAUAUCAAAUGUUUUACAGAAAAGGGUGUCAUUUUUGAAAACGAAACCCAAGUUACUGAAGCAGAUUACAUCAUUAUGGCAACCGGCUAUAAAUGGCAAUUUCCAUUUCUUGAAGAUGACAUUGUAAAGGUUGAAGAUGGAAGAAUUAAUCUAUACAAGUGUGUUUUCCCACCUCAACUUAAACAUCCAACCCUUGCCAUAAUUGGCUUCAUUUUGCCAUUUGGUCCAGGUUUUCCAUUAGGAGAAAUGCAGUGCCGUUGGGCAACUCAGCUCUUUGCAGGUAACUGCAAACUUCCAAGCGAAGAAGAAAUGAUGAACGACAUCAAGAAGAGACACGAAGAAAAUUGCAAGAGAUAUGCCCCAUCGGACAAAAUGACUAUCAGGGUUGAUUAUAUCCAAUACUUAGAUGAAAUCGCAUCGCAAUUUGGAGCUAAGCCCAAUUUAUGGAGGAUACUUUUUACAGAUCCUAAACUAUGGAGAUCUCUUGCAUUUGGACCAUCUUUACCAUAUCAGUACCGGUUAGAAGGACCACAUAAGUGGGACGGAGCAAGGAAUGCCAUUCUUACAGCUCAUGAAAGAGUUCGAUACCCCAUUUCAGGAACAUGGAAUAAAAGUGAGAAAAAAUCGCAUACUUAUGGAUUUUAUCUUAAGUACAUUGUAACUUUUCUGCUCAUGGCAUUUUGGAUGACGCAAAGUGAGACGUCGGUCAAAUUUUAUCUCCUUGCCUUGAUGUUGCCAUAUUUAAUGACUUGGAAAGGAUUUUAUAAGAAAUGGUUUUUUAGUCUGAUACUGCUGCCAUUUUUCGUAACAUGGCAAGGGUUUGUUGCAAGCUACUUCAUAACUAUAUUUGCCCCAAUUUUCUUGGCUGCUGUCACUUCCUUUUGACCAGUAGUAGUACGCAAUAAACAUCAAUAUAUCAUGCAUCUACCAUUUAAAAAUUCAUCUCCAUGCGUAAAAGUUUCUGUAUUUUUACGUUUUUUUUUUUUUUUUUUUUUUUUUUUUUGUCACAUUUCAUUCCACUUCACAAAAUUUAUAGUAGAAAAGAUGAAAUAAAUUGAAGAACAAAAACUAUCUGUAUUAAUCGUGCUAACAAAGCAGAGGCAUCCAUUUGCGAAUCUUACCUAAGUUUCUGAAAAGGAAAUUUAAAAGCUUUAACAUCUUUAUGAAACUAUGGUAAAAUAUAUUUCUUUGAUCAUAGAUGUAAUACUGAAUGUUUAAAAUAUUUUUUAAGUGAAAUAGUUUUUUUUUUUUUUUUAAUUAGAUGAAAUUUUCCCAGAUGUACUUUUGCCAUUCAUAUUUAUCCAAGUCUAGAAAUUUUGAAACAUGAUAUUAAGUUAUUUGUAUUCUGAAGUUCUCUAGUUUUUCUUUUCUUGACAGUAUUCUAAAAUGAAAAAAAAAGGGGGGGGGACUAGUUACCAUGAAAUAAUAUAGCGACAUCAUCAACUUUCAAACUAUGUUCAUGUUUCAAACCGAGUUGUAUAUCCAUGUAUAAAAUGUUGUUUUUAUGUUAAUAUAUAACAACUCAUGCUCAAUAAAAAACAUUUCAUGCUCAAUAAAGAUUUGGAACUGUUUUAUUUACACUACUAGCUGAAUG